AUGAACGUCUCUCAGGCAGGCUCUGUGGCCAGAGCCGCUUGGCUGAUCUGCUGCAACCAGUCUGGGGUGCAGCCGGAGCUCCCUGAAGGACCGCGCCUCACACAGGCAGCCCUGCUGGGCGUGCUGGCCCUGCUCGUGCUCUGUGGCGUCCUGUUCCUGGGAGGCGGCCUCCUCCUCCGUGCCCAGGGCCUGACUGCUCUGUUGGCCCACGAGUGGCAAGCGUCCCCGGAAGCUGAGUCUGGCAGCGACCACUCCUAG